UUUCUCUCAAUUAUUUCCUUCUCCUGAUUUCUUUAUGUAGAACUGGAGAAUAGAUUAUUAUCUCAGUUCGAUGCAGCAUCGCAGAGAAGAGAAUUAUCUACCAUGGCAGAAUGUGCUAAAAUUUUAUCUCAGUUUAACAGGGGCACAAGUGCCAUGCAGCAUUAUGUGGCAACCCGUCCAGUGUUCAUUGAUGUGGAAGUCAUGAAUGCAGACACCAGAUUGGUUCUUGGAGACCAGGGUUUGCAAGCUAGUCCCAACAAUGUUGCUCAUGGACUUUCUUCCAUGUACAAAGAAAUCACAGAUACAGUACGUAAAGAAGCAGCCACAAUUACUGCAGUAUUCCCUUCUUCUAAUGAUGUCAUGUCAAUUUUAGUCCAGCGAGUUUUGGAGCAGCGAGUUACAGCCCUUCUGGAUAAAAUACUAGGGAAGCCAUCUCUCGUGAAUCCACCUCCCUUGGAGGAAGGUGGACUUUUAUUAGUGAGAUCCAUUAACUGCUAUCUAAGAAUGCUAGCUGUGGCAUAUGAGAAAACACAAGAACUUGCUAGAGACCUACGAGUUGUUGGAUGUGGUGAUUUGGAUGUUGAAGGCCUUACAGAGUCUCUCUUUUCUGCUCACAGGGAUGAAUAUCCUGAAUAUGAGCAGGCCUCACUUAAACAACUAUAUCAAGCAAAGAUGGAAGAACUAAGGGCUGAAAACCAGCAGUUCUCUGAGUCAACUGGAACAAUUGGGCGCUCUAAAGGUGCUUCAGUAGCAUCUUCUCAACAGCAGAUAUCUGUGACAGUUGUGACAGAGUUUGUUCGCUGGAAUGAAGAAGCAAUAUCUAGAUGCAUUUUGUUUUCAUCACAGCCUGCAACCCUUGCAGCCAAUGUAAAACCAGUGUUCAACUGCCUUCUAGACCAAGUCAGCCAAUAUAUAACAGAUGGACUUGAAAGGGCUCAAGAUAGUCUGACAGAAGCUGCAGCUUUGAGGGAAAGGUUUGUGCUGGGCACUAGUGUUAGUCGAAGGGUUGCCGCUGCAGCUGCUUCUGCUGUGGAAGCUGCUGCUACUGCAGGUGAAAGUAGUUUCAGAACUUUCAUGGUUUCCAUACAACACUGUGGAAGUAGUGUGGCAACAGUGCAACAGUACUUCGCAAAUUCCAUAUCUAGGCUCUUACCACCUGUUGAUGGUGCUCAUGCUGCUUCAUGUGAAGAAAUGGCAACAGCAAUGAGGAGUGCAGAGUCAGCAGCAUACAGAGGGCUACAACAAUGCAUUGAAACUGUGAUGGCUGAGGUAGAUUGUCUUCUGUCAGCUGAACAGAAAGCAACUGAUUACUGAUCACCCAAUGAUGGAAUUGCUCCUCAUCGUCAUCCAACAAAUGCCUGCACAAGGUUUGCUCAGCUAGACAACUUAAAAACCUGUUUCUUAAACUAUGGAGUUGAUUUUUGAUACUUGCUGGAAAAUCCAUGGAUGUGAGGUCAAUUCCUUUUGUAGUGUCAGUUUCUCAUGUU